UCCCUCUGAGACAAAGUAGAGCUGACCGCAAGAUGCCGGCAAAGGAGACCUUGGCUCGUAUCCAGGACAUGGUCGUACAGUAGUCUUCGCCUUUCUUCGCUGCUAUGAUGAUGAUAAUAAUAAUAAUAAUAAUAAUAAUAAUAAUAAUAAUAAUAAUAAUAAUAAUAAUAAUAAUAAUAAUAAUAAUAAUAAUAAUAAUAAUAAUAAUAAUAAUAAUAAUAAUAAUAAUAAUAAUGGAAACUUUUUAUUAGAUAUUUACGAUAUACUAUAUAUGCAUUGAUAAACCUCACUUAAUAAAAGGUAGCUUAUCGAUGUCUACUUGAAUUGAAUAUAAAACUAAAAUAUAUAUACAGGUGAAAAUCUUUUAAGUACUAUUUAAAAAACAAGCAGGAGUGUUUUAUUAGGUUUAAAGCCACGAGCGCGCAGCGCGAUUGGCUUUAGACCAAAUAAAACACGACCUGCGAGUUUUUUAAAUGGCUCCAAAAACGUUUGCAUAAUAAGUCAAAUCUGAAUAUGAAGAAUCUUUAUAUAAAAAUCUUUAUAUAAAAUCUUUAUAUAAAAAUCUUUAUAAGGUUUGCAUAACAACGGUCUUUUGUUAAAGUGUUCUUUAGCUGGUAUAAAGACGUAUGCACGUGACUAAUUUCUUACUCAAGAUUGGAUAAUUGCUUCAUGAAUUAUUAAUGAGUUUUUGAAAUUUAGUUAAAAGUUUAAAAGUUCCGGGUUGUUCUAGUCUUUGUUUCGUCUACAGAACAUAUAAUAGACGUGCGAAUACAAGUAGCAAUUAUUUUCUUUUUUGCAUAUUUAAUAAUAAUAAUAAUAAUAAUAAUAAUAAUAAUAAUGAUAAUGAUAAUGAUGAUGAUAAUGAUAAUGAUAACGGUAACGGUAACGGUAACGGUAACGGUGACGGUGACGGUAACGGUAACGGUAACGGUAACGGUAACGAUAACGAUAAAGUAAUAAUAAUAAUAAUAAUAAUAAUAGUAAUAAUAAUAAUAAUAAUAAUAAUAAUAAUAAUAAUAAUAAUAAUAAUAAUAAAAACAAUAUUUUUUCAUCAAAGUACAUGCGCGACUACAAGACGAUAGCCAUUUUUGUUGUCUUUACUUGGAACUCUGUAGUUUAAAUUAAAUGCAGUUCAGGGUUUUUUAUUUAUUUAUUCUGAACAAAAAUUGAAGUGUGAAUACCACAAUUGCUUUUUUAGACUUCUCUUGGGAUUAACGAAGUUGCGAUGGAAACUUUGCAAACUGUUUUUGACUACAAAAAGACGCAAUUAUUGCAUGUUUAAACUAGGAUUAAACAAAGCUUAAAAUCAUGUAUUGUUUUUGACUACAAAAAGGCGCAUACUCUCUCAACAACAAUGGCGACUUUUCAGCAGUUGUUGUCAAAAAAGUACGCAAGCUUUAAAUCGAGAUGUUUGGCAGCGUUAAACUGCAAGAGAAGUUUAAAAAGCGAUAGUGGCAUUCGCACUUUUCUUUUUGUCCAAUAUAUGUAAAUAAAAGAUUCUAAACUGUUUUUAAAUUGUUGUUACAGUGCGUGUAAGGAUGCAAGCAUACUCUGACAACAUCAAUGGCUUCUUUUUUGUAGUCAAAAACAGUACGCAAGCUUUCAAUCGCGAGUUUUGGCGUCAUUAAACCCAAAAGAACACUUCCAUUUCGGUUCAAAGUAUGUGAAUAAAAAAUCGUAAAAAUCAUCAAUGGUCAACCGCAAUGCGAUGUGCGCUUUUCGUUUUUUGAUUUUGUAUUGACAGACAUAGACAAGUUUUGCGAUAAUCCAAGGAUAAUCCCACCGUUGUUGGUUGUUGGAUCACGAUACUAUUAUUAUUAUUAUUAUUAUUAUUAUUAUUAUUAUUAUUAUUAUUUAAUCUUCUUUAAAAACAACGGUAACCCUUCAGCAUAGAUAAGAGCUGUUUUCCAAGGGGCCGUUGCACAAUACAAAUUUACAAAAAAAGUUAGGUUAAUAAUUACAAUUAGUAUAUAGUUACAAAUUACACAUUACACAUUACACAUUACAUAUUACACAGUACAUAUUACACAAGUAUUAUGUUGAGGUCUGUCCCGAAGCAAGGUUUUAAAUGCGUUUAAAGACAAGAAUUGCUUUUCAGUUCUACUGGUAAUUCAUUCCAAAUUUUUACACCUGAAUAGCUGAUACUUUUUUUAAAAAGUUUGUUUUGGGCUUUUCUAUUUUAUAAUCGAUAUUAUUAUUUCGUAAAUUAUAAUUGUCAUUAUUUUUAACGACAAACAAGCUAGAUAUAUUUUCUAAGUAUUCACCAUUCGUAACUUUAUGCAUAAAUAUCGCCUUAUUAUUACCCCAUCUUUCCAUCAAUGGCUGCCAGCUUAAUUCUUCUAAUAUAUCCUUAGAUCUGACAUCAUAUGAUUUACCAGUUAUGACUCUUGCAGCCCUGUUUCGCAGUUUUUGGAGUUUUUCGAGCGAAUAUGCAUUUCCUCUAUCCCAAACAAGGCUGCAAUAGUCAAAGUGGGACAAGAUAAUCGAAUUGUAUACAGAAAUAAGGGUUGAUUGGGGUACGAAAGCUUUCAUUCGUCGAAUCAUUCCUAUGCCUUUUGAUACUUUGGUGGCAACCGUAUUUAUAUGUGAAUUCCAUUUAAGUUGGUCAUCGACAAUAACACCUAAAGUUUUUGUUUCUGAAACUUUUUUUAUUUUAUUAUCUCCCAAUUUAAUUUCAGCUUCAUCGUCUAUUUUGCCUAGUCUCUGUCUGGAGCCAACAAUCAUGUAUUCAGUUUUACUCUUAUUAAGUGUUAAUUUGUUAGCCAACAACCAUUGAUGUAUAUUUUCUAAAUCAUUAUUUAAUUUAUUAUACAACUCAGUUGAUGUGCUACCACUCGCUGUCAGAUUAGUGUCAUCUGCAAACAUGCUGGCUGUUGUUGAUUUUAAACAAUUUGACAAAUCAUUUACGUAUAGCAGAAAUAAUAUUGGCCCAAGAUUAGAGCCUUGUGGUACUCCGCAAGAAACUGUUCGACAUUUUGAUGUCGUUUGGUUUAACUUUACACAUCUGUUUUCUAUUCGUAAAAUAUGAUUUGAACCAAUUUAAAGUAUUACCAACACAGCCAAACUUUUUUAAUUUUUCUAUCAAAAUAGCAUGGUCCACACAAUCAAAGGCCUUUUUUAAAUCAAGAAAUAUAAUGCCAUUUAAAAGUCCUUUGUCCAUAUUUAUAUACCACUGGUUCGUAUUAGUAAGGAGAGAAGUUACAGUCGAACUUCUUUUCCUAAAACCAGCUUGACACUCUGACAGCAACUGAUAGGUUUCUAGAUAUUCCAUGAGUUGUCCUGAAACUAGUUUUUCAAAUACUUUAGCAACUACAGAUAUGACAGAUAUUGGUCUGUAGUUGCUACAUUCUGUCUUACUUUCUCCCUUAUAUAUGGGGGAUAUGCACGCCACCUUUAAAUCGUAAGGAAAAAUGCCGGUUUCUAUCGACUUAUUAAAAAUAACGGUAAGCGACUCAGCUAUAAUGUCGGCACUAUCCUUUAAAAGUUUCGACGAUAUUCGAUCAUGUCCAGUUGCCUUAGAAGUAUUAAUUUUCGAAAUUACGUUUUUGACAUUAAUUGAUGAAAAUCUAUUAAUUUCAAAUGAUUUAUCGGUAGGGACGACAUACGUUUCAAAUAAUGGUACAACCCCAGGUUCGUUCGCACAUCCCAAGA